AUGCAUCUGCCUUCGAUACUCGGGAUAGCCACUCUUUCCCUGUCAGGGAUCUCGACGGCCUUGGCAAUUGAGGGAGAGCCAAACAUCAAUGCCCCUCUGGUGCAACAGCAUCUCAGAAAUCGCGAGAAGCUGAUUGCGUUGGAAAAGACACAUCGACAGGAUCACAUCUUCCGGCAGAGUCUCUCUCCAACUGCUAAAAGAGCGGAUGAGAUUGUUGAAGCAAUUCGACAGGACGAGAUUGACCAUUACUGGCGAGUAGCCGGUACCCUCAACGAGGAGGAACGGUUUGCAGGAGAGGUUUUCCCCCUUGCCCGACCGUAUAUCUCCAACACAACCCUCUGGAGAGUGAUCAAGCGCAUGCCUAAGGGUGCACUUUUGCAUGCUCAUCUAUCCGCUAUGUUGCCGUAUGAAAAAAUUGUGGAAAUUAUCAUUAACACUGAAGGAAUGGUAAUUUCCGCGUCACAGUCCCUUGACACCGCAGAUGCCAAGCAGAAUGCUACCAUCACUUUCUCUCAUAACAACGACACUCUUUCGACCACGCAGUCCAAGAUUGACGCCUCUGACUAUAUUCCUAAAACGGAAAUCCCAGUCAAAGACGCCGCUACUAGCUUUGAAGGUGGCGAAGCUGGUUUCAUUGAAUUCAUCAGGAGCAAGACAACCAUUCCCCCAGAGGAGUCAAUCCGCCACGAACUAGGUGUCGAUGAGAUCUGGAGAAGGUUCCAGGCCUGCUUUGGUCCGGCUGAUACCAUGCUUCAGUACGAACCCGUUGUCAGAAAAUUUUACCAGAAACUCUUCGAAGAUCUGACCAGCGACGGUAUUAACUGGGUGGAGAUCCGAAGUGGCGGAUCGAGUGGGAAGCUAGUCCAUGAUGGGAACGAAGACAUUGACCCUGACCUGGACGCUUGGUGGCAUGUACUAGUUGAGGAGAUUGAGAAGUUCAAGGCCACGGAGCUAGGUAAAAACUUCUUGGGUGCAAGAAUUAUUUGGUCGGAUGCACGAAUCAAGAACCGUGCUUCGAUCACCAAGAGUAUGAAAAUCGCCCUGCAGAGGAAGCAAAAUUUUCCGGAGCUCUUUAGUGGCUACGACCUUGUUGCCCAGGAAGAUCUCGGUCGUCCCCUUUCUGAUUUGGCACCGGAACUGAUAUGGUUCCGUCAACAGACCGAGGCCUUGAAUCUCACAAUUCCGUAUUUCUUUCAUGCUGGAGAAACGCUGGGAGAUGGGAACUCUACCGAUCUUAACUUGUUCGAUGCCGUCCUGUUCAACACGCGACGGAUUGGUCACAGCUUCUCCUUAUAUAAACAUCCGAAUUUGAUCCAUCAAGUGAUUGAGCAGAGCGUUAUGGUGGAAGUAUGCCCUAUUUCGAAUGAAGUCCUUCGUUUGAAUGAAGAUGUUCUUCACCAUCCGUUGCCCGCAAUGAUUGCCCACGGCAUUCCGACUGCAAUCAGUAAUGAUGAUCCAGCCAUCCUUGGACAGGACGUGGCAGGUUUGAGUUAUGACUUUUAUGAAGCUAUCCAAGCCUUUGACAAUAUUGGGCUUGCUGGGUUGGAUAUUGACCGUGGCGAAGAUGGAACUGGUACUAAGGCUAAGCACAUUCAAGGUUGGAACAGAGACUGGGAGGAUUAUUGCAAGUGGAUUGUGGACGAAUACGGUUCAAAAUACCGGACAUUAAAGGUUGACUGA